UUGGGUCGAUUGCAUGCAAUCUGCAAUAAAUACAUAAAUUUCGCAAUAUGUGCCACAUAUUUUACCUGACAAGACAUAUAUAGAGAUCUGGAUUAAUUAGUUGACAUAAUUUGGUAGGGAUUCAGCACUUUCAAAAAUGGCGCUGACAGUACGAAACGGUACGAAAGCGUAUGCCGUGGGAAAGUUUGUGCUGAAUAAUCUCAACAUGACGGUAGCCAGGGAAGAGAUUUAUGGUCUUCUCGGAGCGAGUGGUUGUGGGAAGACCACCCUACUCUCCUGUAUCGUUGGCCUUCGCAAACUCGAUAAUGGUGACCUUAUCGUGUUUGGACAACAAAGGAAAGGUCACCUGGGUCACUUGUGCGGAUACAUGCCUCAGGAAAUCUCCCUCCUACACGUUUACACCAUUCAUGAAGCUCUCCACCAUUUUGGAAUGAUUUACGGCAUGUCGCAUGAUGCUAUUGAAUCGAAGAUUAAAUUUCUCUCUACAUUUCUCGACUUGCCCCCGAUUACGUCUCUCAUUCAGAAUUUAAGUGGGGGUCAAAAGCGGAGGGUGUCCGUGGCCGUGGUCAUGAUCCACAAUCCCGCUCUCCUCAUCCUCGACGAACCUACCGUAGGGCUAGAUCCCUUAUUACGACAAAGGAUUUGGGAGCAUCUUGUCGAAAUUUCAAGAACGCGAGGCACCACGAUUGUCAUUUCAACGCAUUACAUCGAAGAGUGUAAUCGAUGUGAUAAGGUCGGUUUCAUGCGUGGCGGCCAACUUCUCGCCGAGGACGCGCCCUCCACCCUGCUCACCCUCUACAACUGCCCUUCCCUGGAAGAAGUUGCCCUCCAACUGUGUCGCCUGGAUGAGAAAGACGUCCCGUUUUUGAGCACGCCGCAACCCGAUAUUACCCGAAAUUCGAGCAAACUACCCGAGUGGAUCUUCCCAGACGAAGGGGUCGUGAAGGCCAAGUCGUUCCGCCGAUUGUCCAUCACCCUGCAAGAUAACGUCGUCUUAUCGCCCAUGAACGUUGAGACGAACCAUGGCUCUAUCAUCCACGCGCUCGUUAUGAAGGCGUGGCGGAGGCGGAAACGCGAUUGGAGAUUAAUUUCUGGCGAACUUUGCCUCCCGCUCUUGAUCCUUAUCGUAUUUCAAAAUAUUUUUGGUCGCGUCCCUGUAACCAUGCCGGUCUCCUUGGUCACCAAUGAUAUCAAUUUAUCCAAUAAGUCACAACUUUUUAGAUAUUGCGCUCAAAAGAUGAAUUCUUCCCAAUGUCUGGAAAACGUGGGGAUUUGUAAUUUCUUGGAAACCUUUGGAAACGGGGAAUUCGACUGGGCUGUCACGAACUCUUAUCAGGACGGCUAUGAGAGCAUCCAGGCCGGAAAGGCUAUCGCCCUGCUAUCUUUCCCAAAGAAUUUUGAGCAAUACAUGAAAGAUCGAAUCGUACAUAAAAAUUUUGCAGAUAACGAGACCAUCGACGGCGCCAUGAUUUCGGUCGCGUUGGACGAAACAAACUCAAUCUUUUCAUUUUGGAUAAAGCACAACGUCGUAUCCAAAUAUAUCGACUUUAUUACCAGAAUUGCUACUGCCUGCUCCUUAAACCCUGCCACAGUUCGACCCCCGCUUCAAUACAACGCAGUCUAUGGAGGCCUUGGGGUUCACAGUUUCAUAGCAUUUUCACAACCCGGAGUUAUAAUGAUCGCCAUGUUCAUAAUGGCUCAAACGACCGGGUUCCUGUGGAGUUGUGACAGAGCGGAGGGCCUCGAGGAUCGCGACUACGCGGCCGGAGCGUCCCUCCAACACCGCAUUGUCGCCAGCAUGGUGACGGAUUCAGUAAAAACCGUAAUCCAGAUUAGCAUUAUUGUCGUCAUGUUGUUCUUCAUGUUCGACAUGCAAGUUAAAGGGUCAUGGAUAACGGCGCUCAGCCUGAUUUUCAUUUCGUCCAUGGCCGGAGUUUAUAUAGGGUGCAUGGUUUCUUCGGUGCGAAGCAGGGAGCUAGAAGUCAUUAUCAUCGUGAUUUUCAUCAAUAUAAUUCAGGCAUACUCGUCAGGAAGCCUGAUCCCACUCGACUGGGCGCCAUGGUUUUAUCGCCAAUUUUUCUGUAACUUACUCCCCACCACGUUUCCGGCGGAGGCGCUCCGCUCGAUUAAUUCGCGCGGGUGGGGCCUGGACAAUUUCCACGUGGUGAGAGGAUUUCUGAGCGCGCUUGGAUGGGGUGUGUUCUCCAUCGUUGUAAUUGCCUUGAUUGAGCGGAAGAGGCAUAAAUGAUCAUUUUAUGUAUUUAUUUAAGAUACCGUAAAACCUCUAUUUAUAGCCCUAUUCUAAUUAUAGCCGGUCUCCAAAUAUAGCCGGGUCUAGAGACCAAGAUUUCAAAAUUUUAGCCGGGUCCCUAAUUAUAGCCGGGUCCCCAAUUAUGGCCGGGUCACUAAUUUUGGCUUGUCUUGUCCGCUGUGUCCACGUUCAUAGCCCAUUCAAGAAAAAUGUUGCACAUUAUGCUUAUCAACGAAUAAGUUGAACUACUAAUUUUUACCUGCUAGUUUCAAGUUAGUAGUGGAUAUAAUCAUGACAGAAAAUUUAAAAAAACUGCUAAACCUCGUUUAAAGAUGUAUAUAUAAGGUGAAUGGGUUACUGAUGGCAUAUCUCUCUAAAUUAGAAAACUCAAAUUGAGUCAACAUGAAUUAUACGUAAUUUUUUAACAUCAAAAAUUUUGGGCGGAACAAAAUUUAGCCGGGUCUCUAAUUAUAGCCGGUCUCUAAUUGUAGCCGGGUCCGCGACCCCCAGUUUUGGAUUUUAGCCCCGGCUAUAAAUAGAGUAUUUACGGUAUUUUAUAAUGAUGCAAGGGAAGGUCCAUAUAUUUCGUCAUAAAAAAUGUGGUAGAUGGGUUCUGGUCGUCUCCCUUAAGGCAAGAGGUGCAUGGCUGGUCUAACCAUCGGCGUUUUUUACACGUAACAUAUGGAUGUUCCCUAAUAUAGAAUUAAGACUGCAUUUACCUUUCAAGAAGGUAAAAUUAUUUUUAAAAUUUAGUGCCACACAUACUUAAAUAAGUAAUUUACUGUGUAAUAUACUGUGAAAUAAAGUUACAAUAAUUACUUUACAA